ACUACUUACUAUAAAUAAAGGACAAAGUGUUGCAGACUUCUUCCUAAAACCAGAACCUAUUUCUAUCCUUUUUUCUUUUCUUUGCCCUGCUCGAGUGUUCCUUUUUCAUCAUUAGACCCUUUGCCUUCCUGUCUACGGGAAGGAACUAAAAGGAAGAGAAUAGAAUUAGCAGCAGACACACACACACACACACACCUCCAUCCAUCACUGCUUUGCUUUAAUAUACAUUUACAUUUGCAUUUACAUACAAUAUUAUAUAUAAUUUUAUUCCCAUUGAAGAUUCAUCGUCUGUCAGGGGCCCAAUAUUCUCCUUAUUUAUUAUAUUCUGGCUCUUGCUGAUCUGAUCGAGUCCCACUUCUCAGCCGGCAGAUAUGCAGAUUUUGAGAUGGGCUUCUCUCCUUUUCCAGUUGUUCCUCACUUUCAGUGGCUUCAUCGAGUCUUCCCAAGGUGAAGCAGCAGCAGUAUUGUGCGCAGAGCAGGAUAGAGCCUCUCUCCUCAGCUUCAAGGCAAGGAUCCUGAGGGACACGACAGAGAUCCUGUCCUCAUGGACAGGGAGAGACUGCUGUGUCGACUGGGAAGGCGUGACUUGUCAGCCGUCCACUGGCAGAGUCUCGGGGCUCAUUCUGCAGGCAAGUGCCGAGGACACUGGGAGUUUCAUGAAGGGCACUCUGUCGCCUUCCCUGGCCAACUUGCGUUCCUUGGAAGUUCUGGUCAUCUCUGGGAUGAAACGCAUCCGGGGGACCAUCCCCGACAGCCUUUCCAACCUCACUCGCCUCACUCAACUCGUCCUCGAAUACAACUCCCUCGAGGGAACCGUCCCUUCCAGUCUCGCACGCUUGACCUCUUUGCAGACACUCUCCCUCAAUGGGAACCGUCUCGUUGGCGCGUUCCCUCCGAGUUUAGGGAACCUCCGGAGUGUCCUCCAGCUGAAUUUGGCCAGAAACUCCCUCUCUGGCCCGAUCCCGCCUCCCAUUUUCGGAGUAGGGGGCCUCCAGAAGCUGCAGUUCCUUGAUCUCAGCCUCAACCUCUUCUCCGGGUCCGUUCCGGAAUUUUCAGGGCGGUUCCCGAACCUCACCAAUGUCGACCUCUCCAGUAACCAGCUUUCGGGUCAGAUACCCGAUUCGGUUCUCUCCCUGUCGAGUCUUUCUUCGCUUUCCUUGAGCCACAACCGCCUCUCUGGAAGAAUCCCUGACCGGAUUGGGAGUUUGAGAUCACUCUCUCAACUUCAGUUAUCUGGCAACCGCUUCUCCGGCCAAAUCCCGGCUUCCAUUUCGAGGUUGCAGAGCCUCUGGAACCUCAACUUGUCACGAAACGAGCUAUCAGGCCCUCUGCCCAUCUCUCUAGGACGGGGCCUUCCUUCCCUGUCAACAAUAGACCUGUCUUAUAACAACCUCAGCUUAGGGACAACCGUUCCUGAAUGGAUCAGAAACAGACAACUGUACGAUGUUCGGCUCGCGGGUUGCAAGCUCAGAGGAAGCCUCCCCAUCUUCACAAAGCCUGAUUCUCUGACCACCAUCGACCUGUCGGACAACUACCUCGCAGAUGGAACUUCGAGUUUCUUUGCAAACAUGACGAGUUUGAACGAAGUCAAGCUCGGGAACAACCAGCUGAAGUUCGACGUUUCCAAAAUCCCAUUCCCGAACGGGCUCCGCACUCUUGACCUCCGCUCGAAUCAGCUCGUGGGCCCGCUCUCUGCAAUCUUGAACAACAGGACGAGCAGCUCCUUGGAGGUAUUAGAUGUCUCCAGCAACCAACUAUCAGGCAACAUCCCCGAACUGGGCCAAGGAUCGAGCUUGAAGGUGCUGAACGUUGCAGGAAACAAGAUCGUGGGACAGAUCCCUGGUUCGAUCUCAAACCUCGGCGAACUCCAGAGGCUGGACAUUUCCAGGAACCAGAUCGGUGGUACCAUCCCCCCGAGUUUGGGCCAACUGACUAAGCUCCGGUGGUUGGAUAUCUCUGUCAAUGGUAUCUCGGGUCGAAUUCCAAGCAGCUUCCUUGGGCUGGGCGGUCUGCAGCAUGCAAACUUCAGGGCCAACAGGCUCUGUGGAGAGAUCCCACAGGGAAGGCCCUUUAACAUAUUCCCGGCCGUGGCUUAUGCCCACAAUCUGUGCUUAUGUGGCAAGCCAUUGCCACCUUGUCGGAGGAACCACCAGUAGAAGUUGUUCGGUUUGGGCCAGCCAGAGGCUGACCGACAUUUCUUCGUCCACUUACAUGAUGCUUAUAUCUGUAUGAGCAUAGAUAAUACUACCAAAUGUUAUGGUUCAACAUUUUUUUGGGCACUAGAUUUAUAGCAUAGUUCUGUUCAUCAAAUAAUGCUAUUCAAUACCAGCGAAUAGGGGCCAUAGGGCCAUUCUUCUGCAAUGGAGAUCUUUCAUGU